GCUCCCCUGGCUGUGUUUUGAAUCGGAGGCAGUUUUAACCGUCAGAUGCCGCCACUGCUCACGGUGAAUGAGAAAACGAGCAAUUUUAUUGUAAAAACGGAAUCAGUUAUCGCUCUAACAUGGAUUUGGACUCCAUGAAAUACGCAGAAUUGCAAAAGCUCGCGAAAGAGCUCGGACUUAAAGCGAACAUGAAGGCUGAUAAACUCCUGAAAGCCGUAAAACAGCAUUACCAACAAGAAAAGAACAAGGAGGAGGACGUGCAGGGACAAAAUAAUAAUGAUGCAAGUGUCCAAGAAGAUGAAAAUGCAGCUUGUGAGGAAGCAGCUUCCAACGCCAUUGUGUUUGUGAACACACGUCGAGGAAAAGGGAACUGUACCAAGAGAAAGCUCCCUGAUGCUGCAGCAGUGACUGAGUCUGGUGCUGAGAAGCCUAUACAUGAUGCAAAGGGUAACACUGAGGUGGAUGUACCCUGCAAUGCCAGAGGUGCUAAGAAGAGAAGGCUGUCCUCUGCCAAGGAUUCUGACAAAACUGAGGCAGAGCAGCAGCCUGGCAUUAAGGAUGAAGCACCUGUACAGGCUGAAGCAGAAAAAGCACCAAAAGUGGCCAAAGCUGGUAAAAUCCCUCGACUGCAGCAGAAGAACAAACCUUCGUUGAAACCUGUCACUCCCAACUUCAAAAAACUCCAUGAGGCGCAGUUUAACAAGAUGGAGUCGAUUGAUUCCUACUUCCAGAGGAGGACAAAGCAGAUGGAGAACCACAAAAAUCAAGAUAAAGACCUGAAAAAAAAUCCUGUCCGUGCUACCAUGUUCAGUCCUGCCCUGGUGAACAAGAAAACCGCUGAAGAAAGACGCAGACACACUUUGCUGUCAGCCACCAAAGCUGCUCCAAAUAAACCUGCCAGGAAGGAAAGUGUUCCUUUCAGACCGUCUGUUCUUUCCACUCGCAGGAUCAAUGUUCGAUUCUCAGAAGCUACUCAAGACAACGAACACAAGAGGUCUUUGGUGAAGACGCCGGCGCGCAUGUCACCCUGCCUGGCCUCCAGCACCCCACAGAGGCAGACCGCUGAUGCAGGAAAACCCAGGACUUCAGCUUUCUCUGCCACAAAAAUUCCAGGACCGUUUGUUUUCUCCGGCAACACGAGCACUUCAACAACCCCUGGGACACAAAAGAAGCCCGCCUUUGAUCUGAAGGCGAGUCUGUCCCGUCCUCUCAGCUACAGGCCUCAUACAGGUAAACUGAAGCCGUUUGGAGAGGUCAAAGAAAACACGGCAGGAGACCGAUCUGUGAACUCAAAUACGCGUCAGGAUAAUUACAAACAACACAAAGUCCAGUCACGGAACGACAGGAGGAACAAACAAAAGGAGGACGCCGGAAGCAGAAGAAAGAAAGCAUGCUUGGUGCAAAGAAGAGGCCUCGUCAUGAUGUAAAAAUACUCCGCGGUUUGAUGUCCUUUGUAAAGCCUGCUGUUCUGCUGUAAAUAUUUUUGACGCAUUCAUUUUCUGCAAUCAUUUCUGGUAGGAAAGUAGAUACACUCAUGUCUUACAAGUUUUUUAGGUUUGACUCAUUAAUAUUAAAACACAUUUUAACCCUGAAUGAUGCAUGUUAGUAUUUGAUGUGUAGAAGGUCGAUGUCCUGUUUUGCUGCAUUUGUUAUUAAACACUUUAUGCUUUGUUUUUACAUUUUUGGGAGAACCUGAUAUAAAAGAGCCACAAAAGAUUUCUUUCUCUGUAUUCAAAUGUUUUAAAUAAAUGUGCUAAUUGUAGUUUUCCAGAGCGUAGUGUUCUAAUGAUUUUUGAGACGUGAUCACACAAAAUGUUGGUGAUUUCAUGUGGAAAACAUUUUAUUGUUAAAGUGGUCUGAUAUUAAAUACAGGACUUGGAUAA